AUGGAAAAAGCGGUACUUCCACUUGCACAUCCACAUACACAGAGAAAACCCGGACUCGAUUGGAAAGCCAAAUGCCUGUGUUUCGUGGCCACGACUGCACUGUUGAUAUUAUGGGCAUCCCGGAGUACUUAUCAGCUGCACAAUGAGUCAACCUCCCUCGACCCGCUGGACAAUUUUCGAAAAUGCUCAAUCGAUGCCUACCGGGCUACUGGCAUGGACUUCCUCAAGACGGCAGACCCUCCUUCACUAGACGAGUACGUUCUACGCAGGGACAAUCUCGCCAAAGCUUUGGCUGCAGACAACAUCGACGCCUUUGCCGUCGAGCCCGGCUACACGUUCAGCUAUUACGCGAACAUCACACAACCUCAAUGGGAAGUCUGGGAGCCCGAGGAGAGACCGUUCCUCAUGAUUGUCCGCCCUGUCACGCUGGCUGAUGGAAAUGUUGUCGCCAACACAUCGUUUCUGGUCCCACAUUUCGAAGAAGACCGGGCUCGACUGCUGAACAUGCCCUUCCGAGACGAUUUCCACACAAUAACAUACGAGGAGCACUGGAACUACUACACUACCUUGUAUCAGUCCGACAUCUGGGGCGAGACUCUCGCACCAAAAGUCAUGGUCGAUGAGGAAAUGCGAGACUUUAUCCAGCGUGGCCUGGCCUCCAAUGGGUUCACGAUCGUUGGUCUCGGCGGCGAAGUCGAGGCGGUGCGUCAGAUCAAGACCGACGUUGAAUUGGGAAUCCUUCGAGCGGUCAACACAGGAACCGUGGAAGCAAUCCGGGCUAUGCGUACCUGUCUCAAACCCGGUCUUACUGAGAACGAAGUCGCAGACGUCUUGGACGACACCAUGAGAGCGGCCGGUAUGGAUCCUUUCUUCGACAUUGUGGAAUUUGGCAAGAGUGCUGCUUUGCCACACGGCGGCUACGAUGGAAGCCGAAAGUUGGAGCCAGGCAUGUUCGUCUUGAUCGAUGUUGGAGCGCACCUCUAUGGGUAUAGCAGCGAUGUGUGCCGGACGUUCUUCCCGCCUUUCGUCGCGAAUCCGCCUCCGGAAAAGUACAAUGUCACCGAACAGCUCUCUGUCUGGCAAGUCGUACUUGAUGCCCAGACAGCAGCAGUGAAUGCCAUGGUUCCCAACGCUACGGCAGCCUCGGUCGAUCUCGCAGCUCGCGGAGUGAUUGGGAAGGCCGGAUAUGGUAAGUAUUUCACGCAUCGGCUUGGCCAUGGCAUUGGCAUCAAGGCGCAUGAAAGUCCAUACUUGAACAAAGGCAACUUUGAGUCUCGAUUGCGACCUGGAAUGGUCUUUACGGCCGAGCCUGGCGUUUACGUGCUCAACGAAUUUGGUGUCCGCCAUGAGGAUAUCCUUGUGGUGAGAGAGAAUGGCAUAGCGGAGAACCUGAGUGGUGGGUAUGCAACGUCACCUUGGGAGCCUUGA